AUGACGACUUUACGGAAAUUCAACUAUCCAAUAAUAACAAAGUGUGACCUGUGGAAAGACAACUAUUUCGGAAAAGAGGUACAUGAUCCCUAUCGAUGGUUAGAAAAUGAAUACUCGACAGAAGUACAACAAUUUCUGAAAUCACAAAUGAAUUUAUCAGAAGAUUUUCUAAAACGAUGUCCAUAUAAAGAGGAAUUUUACAGUUGCUUACAGUCACUGUGUGAAUUUGAUCAGUUCACUUGUCCAGUAAUUCGUGGUUCCAAUUAUUUCUAUUGUUUUAAACCACCACAUUCGAAAAAUGUCGUUCUAGAAGUUAUACGUGAGAAAACAAAUUUCCCAGAAAUUGUCUUGGAUUCUACAUGUGUUGGCUUAGAUAAUUUUGAAAAGGUGACCGCAUUUAACAUCUCCAACUGUGGAACAUACUUAUGCUAUGAGGUUGUAAAUUCAUCUGUAGGAUGGUAUAAAUUGAAUUUUAGGAACAUUAAAACAGACAAUGAACUUUCAGAUUGCAUAAAGUUAUUUACAAAAACUUCACUCACAUGGUCUUCAGAUAAUAAAGGAAUAUAUUAUAUCUAUUGUAUACCAACCAAUCCGCCAGAGGAACAAGUACACGCUUUAAUGCAAAAUUAUUUACUGUAUAUAUAUUAUCAUAAAUUGGGUGAUGAACAAUCAAAUGAUAUAGUACUUUGGAGUUAUGAAAUGUCUAGACCAAAUUUAAUGUUCUGUGAAAUCAAUGAAAAUGGACGUUAUUUACUACUCAGUUUAUAUAACGAAAACUAUAAGCAAAAUAAGUUGAUAUUCAGUGAUCUUCAACAUGAACGAGUCAAAACAAAAGGCCGUUUAAAAAUGAAUCCCAUUGUUGAUGAAUUCGAUGCCUAUUACAAAUUUAUCGGUAGUACUUCAACACAUUUUUACAUAAUGACUAACAUGAAUGCACCAAUGAAUAAAAUUAUUAAAGUUGAUAUAAAAGAUCCUGAAUGGUCGAGCUGGGAAGAUUUUGUACCUCAUAAUUCAGCAAGUAAAAUGGCACACGUUGUAUGCGUAAAUCAACGAUACAUGGCUAUCUCUUAUCUAGAAAAUGUGUUAAAUCAUAUAUCAAUCUAUGACUGGAAUACUGGAUUACACGUACGCAAGAUUUCAGUACCUAUUGGUAAAGUGUAUGCUCUUAGUGCACAUCAUACAAGUAUGAAGAUUUUUGUCAGUUUUGCUACAUUCAAUGAACCCUGUACUCUGAUGUAUUGUGACUUAGCCGAGAAUAACUGCAAUCUUGAGGUAUUUCGUAAAUCUGAACCAAUGGAGUUGAAAGAAACUGAAUUUGAAAUAAAGCAAGUGUUUUACGCAUCCAAAGAUUUAACAUCAAUUCCAAUGUUCAUCUUUCAUCGAAAGGGUAUCACUUUGACUGGUAAAAAUCCAUGUAAAUUGACUUCAUUCGGUGGCUUUGGUUUAACUAAUCAACCAUAUUACUCUGCAAGCAAUCUGUUAUUUGUAGAACAUUUUAAUGGAAUUCUCGCAGUGGCUAAUAUACGUGGUGGAGGUGAAUAUGGAGAACAGUGGCAUAAAAAAGCAGUUAUUACUAAAAAAUCUGUCGCUAUUGACGAUAUUACAGCAGCAGCAGAAUAUUUGAUCAGAGAAAGAUACACUAAUUCAAACAACCUUAUAUUAUACGGAAAUGAAAAUGGUGGUCUGCUGGCAGCUUCAUGUGCUAAUCAAAGGCCAGAAUUAUUCAAGGUUGUCAUUUUAGAUAAUCCACUUGGGGAUAUGCUGCAUUAUUACAAAUACUCUUCAACAGGUAGAUGGAUGAAUGAGUAUGGAAAUCCUUAUCAUGAAGAAGAUUUCAAAGCACUAUACAGUUAUUCACCGAUACAUAACAUCCCAAACUUAUCAAUCUCAAAGUCAUUUUAUCCAGCAGUUUUAAUAUUGUCAGACUGUAAAACCGCAAAUGUGGAAUAUGUGCAUUCAAUGAAAUUGUUAGCAGCACUACAAAAUGAAAUUACUGCAAUUCAUACAUCUGAACAAAAUUACUGUAUUCUUGGAUGGUUUAAAACUGAAGGUAAACUUAAGAUCGAGAAAGUGAUUAGCAUGUGGUCAUUCAUUCAGAUAUAUUUGUCACUUCAUUGGCAAGUGAAUAAAAAGAAUUCAAAGCCUUCCAGGAAAUUAUCGAUCAACAGAAAGUAG